AUGCGCCUCUUCCUGCUGCCCAUCUCCACGCGCCGCUCGCUCAUCUACUGCGAGAAGCUGCACCAAAAAGCCGUCAGCGACCGCUCGCUCUUCGACAAGAUCUCCAUCAAGGCGAACGAGACGUGGGCCGCCUGGGAGAAGGACGAGAAGGCGCCGCUGAACUGGAAGAAGAAGGUCACGGUCUACGGCAACCAUGCGCUCAAGCGGAUACCGUACGAGGAGUGGGGGCUCAAGACGAUACCCGCCUUGACGACGAAGCGGAAGAAGGCCAUCAUUGAGAGCAGGGAAAAGUACCAAGUUAUGUUUCCAGGACUGUACUUGAAGCCGGACAAGGUGCCAGAAAUAUUAAAGAAGUUGGCAGAGGAGAGGCAGUCGAUGCACAGGAGCAAGCUGAUAUGGAGCGUGGUCGCGAUGCCCUUUACAGCGCCUUUCAUGCUGAUCCCGAUAAUACCUAACCUCCCGUUCUUCUACCUGGUUUAUCGGGCAUAUUCGCAUUGGAAAGCGUUGACCGGUUCGAAACACCUCCAAUUCCUCCUCCAACACAACCUUCCCACCCUGAACCCCACGUGGGAGCUCGACGAAGUCUACACGGCAGGUCUCAUGUAUCCGACCCGCAAAAUCUCGCGCGCCGCCCCGCGACCCACAAAAGAGCAAGCCGAGGAAGUAGCGCGGGUAGUGGAGCAGCAAACAAACGGCGGGACCGAAGACGUCAUGGUGCUACAGCGCUGGAACGGGAAGCUCAUAGCGGAGCAGUUCAAGCUCCCAGAUAUGGAAGUCGAAAUAGAAAGAGCUGUAGAGCAGGUGGAGCAGUCGAUCAAGGCGAAAGAGGAGCUGAUGGAGGAGAAGCUAGAGCUAGAGAAAGCGACCGCAAAGUCGGGGGAGACCGCCAAGGAUGAUUUGCCGAACGAGGUUCUUAAGCGGGUGCAUGAAGAAGUUGAGAAGGUUGCAGCCGAA